UCAAAUAUCAUCUUCGCCACUAUUCCUUGUGAAUUUUCAAAUAUUUACUGUGAAAAAUUGUGUAAAACAGUUCUAAAUACAUUUAUUUAAGAUGGGUCUCGCUACAGUUAUAGAGAGUGAAGCACAUUUUCAAUCAGAGAUGGCGAACGCUGGAACCAAAUUAGUUGUUGUCGACUUCACAGCUACUUGGUGUCCGCCGUGCCAGAGAAUCGCCCCAUUCUUUGAGCAGCUGCCUGCCAAGUAUCCAAGAGCAGUGUUUCUGAAAGUAGAUGUUGAUGUUUGCGCUGAAACCGCUGGAGCUCAGGGCGUCAGCGCAAUGCCAACGUUCAUUUUUUAUAGAAACAGAACCAAAAUUGACCGCCUACAAGGUGCCGAUCCAGGUACUCUAGAGAAUAAAGUAAGACAGUACUAUGGUACUGACGACGCCGCUGAGGAGGACAGCGCUGUCGCAGGUCAUAUGGACCUUUCUACUUUCAUAGUGAAAAAUGAAUGUGAAUGUUUGAAUGAAGCGGAUGAUCAUCCUCUGGCCCACGGUCUCACCAGCGGUGGGGGCUAUCUAGCUAGUGACUGUGAUGAACAAUUAAUCAUCAAUGUUUCAUUUAAUCAGUUGGUGAAGAUACACUCAAUAAAAAUCAAGGGACCCAGUGAUAAAGGUCCCAAAUUUGUCAAAAUAUUUAUAAACCAGCCAAGAACACUAGACUUUGACCAGGCAUCAAGUAAUGCCUCUGUGCAAGAUUUGGAAGUAACACCAAAUGACUUAGAAGGUAAUCCAAUUCCUUUGAGGUUUGUGAAGUUCCAGAGCGUACAAAACAUUCAGUUGUUCAUCAAAGACAACCAGAGCGGUGGGGACGUCACUCAAAUUGAUCACCUAGCCUUCUACGGAUCACCAAUUUCUACUACCAACAUGGGUGAAUUCAAACGGGUAGCCGGUAAAAAGGGUGAAAGUCACUAGCCUCGAGUUCUGGAGUAUUGCCGCUAAGCAAUACUUACAGGAAAUUUGUUAAUAAGAAAAUUCCAAUUUAAUUUUUAAAUGGUAAUACAAUGCUUAUAAAUAUAUAUUGAAGGGCUUAUUUAUGUUGUAACAAUUUCAUAUUAUGCUCCUUGCUUAAAGCCUGAAAUUACAAUUAUUACUAAUUCGAGAAUAGCAUACAAUACUUUAACAGUAGCCCAAUACCAAUAAUAACCCAGGUUUUACUUUGAUUCUAUUUUAAAUUAAAAAUUUUAAUACUACCUACAAGUAAAUUGGAUGCCAAUUAUGUAAGGUAAUGUAAAAAACAUAUUUAUACAGCCCAGUCACAUCACAGAACAGGAUGAAAUUCGUCUAUUGACCUAACAUUGCUUGUCCUCAGAUACAAACAAAAUUAUUAGUAUCCCGGUGCCACGCACACAUUGUGUGAACCCGAUAUAAAAUCACGCGCAUCUGAAUAAGACAAGAUGGGUUCGAUUAAUGAAUUUCUCUUUAUCCCGAUACCAGACUUUAUAAUGUUAUUAUAUCAUAUUCAAGGUGAAUAUUACGAUAGCAGGGGGUUAUUGUACUACAAAAAUAAUGUUAAUACCUUCUGUGUGAGGUAAUAGAUAAUAUUAAAAUAAUAAUGUGUGCAUUUUGUAAAUCAAAAGUAAAUCCAAGUGUCUGUGUAUCUAUUUUUACAUAAAGUAUGAUGUAAUUUAGUUUAUACUAUUAGUAAAUAAUAAGAAACUGA